GGUAGUAGUUUCCGAUAGGUACAUGAUAUAAACAAGCGCGAUUUUUUAGGCUGCUUCAUUAUUUUUCAAGUGUUUAAUAAAAGUGUAAUUUUAUUGCAAUUUACACAAUUCUUACUGCAAUGGAUCCGUGUGCUAAGCAAUUGAUGACAUCGAUUUCUGAACGUUUACAGUCUUUUAAACGAUCGCCCCUUCCCGCUACGAAUAGAAAUAAUUUUUCUAUUACAAAUUCACCAUUGAAAUUAGCUGAAGCCGGGUUUGUACGCCCAAAUAAAAAAAACCUAGAUCAGUCGGAUGAGGUUGAAUGCAGUUUUUGUGGAAUAAAAUAUGAUGAUUGGGAUGGAGAGUCUCCUUUAGCUGUACAUCGAACACUGAAUCCAAAAUGUCCCUUUUUAAACACUCCACCAGCUACUUCAGCUCCAUUAUUUUUUCAGAGGCAAAAUGCUUUUACAGAGAGCAGCAAUCACGAAAAUGAUUUAGAAAAGAUCAGGAGAAAAUUAUUUCCUGAUUCCGAAACAUCUUCUACAAGCUUAUUGAGUAUCUGUAAUAUUCCUGACAUUCAGCACCCCUUUCUUCCUAAGCAGGGCGGCUAUUUAAAAUUAUUUGAAAGUCACAGGCUUCUAACUUUUAAUAGCCCAAUGGCUGCAGAAGCUGCUGCAUAUGCGGAAGCAGGAUUUAUUUAUGAUGCUUCAUCUAAGCAUGCUAUUUGCGUGUUUUGUGAUGUUCACAUGGAUAUGCAACUAGAAAAUGUUGCUUAUUUGGAGUCAAUUCACCAGGAAAAAUCUCCACUUUGCCCUUUCGUUCGCUUGUUUGAUGUUGGAAAUAUUUCUUCAGAUGCUGAAAGAAAAAUAAGAGAAAAAGUUCGAGCACGUCAUCUAAAUGAGUCUAACAACACAAAGUUAAGUGAUGUUAAGAUGAAAUGUGUAAUCAAGCACCCUGAAUUUGAGGGUGAAGAUGCUCGUCUCGGAACCUUUAAGUCAUGGCCAAAAUUAUUGGCUUUAGUAUUUCCAGCAAUCAUCAUGGCAAAGGCUGGUUUUUACUAUUCAGGUUUUAUGGACAAAGUGAAAUGCUAUGCUUGUGGGGUUGGUUUGUUCAACUGGUCAGAAACUGCAUCUCCAGAUACACAGCAUGCUAAAGUAUCUCCACAGUGUGUUUUUUUGUUGCAAACCAAAGGGAAAGAAUUCAUUAGUCAAGCACAAGAUGAAGAUUUGACUGUAGAAGCAGACUUUGAAGAAGCCAUUCAAUCUCAUGAGCAAGUUGCAGCAUUAUCAUCAAGUUUGUCACCCUCAUCUACUUCAACAGCAGCAGUGCCAUCAGAAACAUCGUCAUCAUCCUCUUCACCCUCGGGAUCUCCUGUCCUUGACCUGGAAGCUAUCAAUGCUGCCAUGGCACGUCAGUACACAAUAGAGCAAAUAUCUCAUGCCGUCAUCAAAUUCUUUUACCUUUCUAAUGGUAGGUAUCCCAACACAUCCUUAUUAACUGGAAUUCUGGAGGCAGCAGAUGAGCUUUAUCUUCGACUGUGUGAGAAAAGCCAAGAGAUUCAAGAAAGCAAGGUUAAAGAGGCAGCAUAUCAACAGGAAAUUCAAGCUACCAAGACGCAGCUUUUUGCAAAAGACCAGGAAAUCCAAGCCACAAAAUCAGAGCUUCAAAGAACUACAUUUGAGUUAGAGUGGCGAGACCUGGAAGUACGAACAGAGCUGGAGCAGCGCUUUGUUGGUCAGAUUCAGCAGCAGAGUGAGAUCAUUGAACACAAAGAUCAAAUGAUUGUGCAGAAAAACCAGGAGCUAGAACAGAUUAGCAUCCAGCUGGAGAUGAAGAACAAGGAAGUGGAAGAUCUUCAAAGACACAAUAAAUCCUUAAUGGCAGUUUUAGAAAGACGAGGAGUUUCUGGCAGUGAUGAUGAUGAAGAAUCAACGUCAUCAUCUGAUGUUGAACACACGUCAGAAUCAGACUCCUCUCCUGAAGAGUUUCCAGUUGCCAACUGCAAAGUGUGCCUAAUAAAGCAAUCACAGAUUGUGUUCCUUCCAUGCAAGCAUCUUUGCUGCUGUGACUCCUGCGCUUCAAGACUGCAUGGACAGAACUGUCCCAUUUGCAGGGAACGCAAUUUGGGGUUUGAAAAAGUUUACGUUAUUUAA